AUGGCGGCACAGCCCGUGCCUCAUCCGUCGACGGACAAGAAGCGCGUCAAGGUCUACGAGCUGCGCAACAAUGACUGGUUCGACCGCGGCACCGGCUUCUGCACCGCCGGCCUCCAGGUCACCGAGGAUGGCCAGCGCGAGCCCAGGGUCAUCGUCGAGUCCGAGGACCAGCCCGAUCGCAUCCUGCUCGAGACCAGAGUCGCCAAGGGCGACUCCUUCCACAAGCAGCAGGAGACCUUGAUCGUCUGGACAGAGCCGAGCAAUGGCGUCGACAUGGCCCUCAGCUUCCAGGAGGCCGACGGCUGCACCAUGAUAUGGCGCUUCAUCAACGGUAUCCAGACGCCAUUUCGUGCUAACGGCCAGGGCGACGACAGCCUCUCCGAUGAUAUGGCCAUGGACGUGCCUGCGGCCAUCUCCCUCCCGCCCGUCGCCAUAGGGAGCCUCGCCGAGAUCGAGGGCCAGCUACGCAUGAUGAGCAGCACCGGCAGUGGACGUGACGCGCUCACCAAGUAUGUCAUUAGCGAGCGCAUGAUCGAAAAGCUCUGCCCACUGGUUUCGACGGCAGAGGACCUCGAGAGCCUCAAUGACCUCCAUCGAUUAUGCAACAUCAUGAAGAUCAUAAUCCUCCUCAACGACACAAGCAUCAUCGAGAACGCCGUCUCCGACGAGUGCGUCAUCGGCGUAGUCGGCGCCUUGGAGUAUGACCCAGACUUCCCAAGCCACAAGGCGAAUCACCGCCAAUGGCUAGAGGACACGAGCCGGUAUAAGGAAGUCGUUCGCAUCGAAGAUGCACAAAUCCUCAGAAAGGUCCACCAGACCUACCGCCUGCAAUAUCUCAAAGAUGUCGUAUUAGCGCGUAUUCUUGACGAUAACACCUUCUCAGUACUCAAUUCUUUGAUAUUCUUUAACCAGGUGGAUAUUGUGCAGCACCUACAGGCCAACGCCGCUUUUCUGAUCGAGUUGUUUGACGUAUUCAAAUACCCCGGCCAGGACCCGAAGCGCAAGAAGGAGGCCGUCUUGUUCAUCCAGCAAUGCUGCACCAUUGCCAAAAACCUCCAGCCUCCUGCGCGACAGACGCUCUACAACAACUUCAUUGUCCAUGGCCUUUUGCAGGUGAUUAACUUUGGCCUGCGCCAUAACGACGUCGCUGUUCGGAUCGGCGCUACCGAUAUUAUGGUCUGUAUGAUCGACCAUGAUCCUCAGAUGAUCCGCCAGACAAUAUACAGGCAGAUAAACGAGAAGCAGACACCGCUCACCGACUCCCUCAUCGAUCUACUUCUCGUCGAAGUCGACCUAGGCGUCAAGUCCCAGAUAUCUGAUGCUCUGAAAGUGCUAUUAGAUCAGGGGCCGCCGCCCCAGGACCAGGCCUUCGCCAAGGCCAAUGGAGAAUACGCCGCGCGUGUACAAGCCCGACAGGCCGCCGUGGACCCUCAGCAAGAGCGAUUCUUGGAACUUUUCUACGAGUUCUCGGCCGCCAAGCUGUUCCAACCCCUAAUGGCACUCAAGGAUCGGACGAGCAUGGACUUUUCCGUCCAGCAAGCUUCCAUGUUCACCUAUUUGAUCGAGAUACUCUGCUUCUUCAUCCGGCAGCAUCAUUACCGCUGCAAGCAGUUUGUCAUGACCAAUGAGAUUGUGCUGCGCAUAGCACAGCUUCUGGGGUCUCAAGAGAAGUUCCUGAAACUUGUCGCGAUCAGGUUUUUACGCCAGGUCUUGGCGCUGCCGGAUGAGCAAUGGGUGCAACAUGUAGUAAAGCAGAAUGUCAUUGGUUCGAUACUGGACGUUCUGAUCGGAUCCAUGCCUAGAGACAAUCUGGUGACCUCUGCGUGCCUCGAAGUCUUUGAACAUAUCAAGAAAGAAGGCGUCAAAGAAAUCUUCAAGCAUAUUGUUGAGGACUGUCACGAACAGCUUGACAAAUUGGCCUAUGUCCAGUUGUUCCAACACAUCAGGGCCCGGUACGACCAGACUAGAGGCUUCACUAUAAACAUGGACUUUUUCAUGGAGGGAGAGGACGAUGUAGCCCGGAGACGGAACACGAUCAAUCCACGGAAUGGCGCCCUCAUGGAGCACAUCUCGAUGGAUCCUGCAGAGGAAGAAUACUGGAAUACCUCUGACGACGAAGAGGAUAUGCAGAACAAGGCCGGUCCAGCCUCUGCAAACGGGUCGUCGCCGGCUACAAAACUGGUUGACUAUGCAUCAGAUGAGGACGUUGACGAGAGCAUCGAGGGGGCCGAGGUUGGCGCCGACGCGCAACCCGUCGAAGGCGGCGUGGAGGAAUCUGAACCUAAGACGGAGUCAAGUCCAGUCUCUGCACCGCCGGAGCGCCUGUCCGAAAAACGUCGGAGGGAAGAGGAUGAAGAGGAUGAACUCGGCAAACUCGUCUCACACAAACGACGCAACAGCACAUCGGCAAGUUCGAAUGCCUCGAGUACAUCGGGCAUUCUCAAGAAAAAGAAAAGUAUUACUCACUCGAGAGAUGCUGGAGGUGGCGUACCAAAGAAGAUCUCUAUUAGUUUGUCACCUGCCGUUAAAGCGGGCAGUGGGUCGCCAGGGCAAGAGGACGAGGUGUGA